CCUGGGCGCAGGUGACACACGCCAGGUCCGAGUUUCUGAUCCCGGGGAGGGCGACACACAGCCGCCCCGGGGCCAAGGGAGCAGGCAGCGAUGGCACAGGAGCUGAGCCAGGAGGCACUCCUGGACUUUCUGUGCCAAGCAGGGGGCCGGGUGACCAACGCCGCAUUGCUGGGUCACUUCAAGAGCUUCUUGCGGGACCCCGCGGUGCCCCCAGGCCAGCAGCAGCGUCGCCGCGAGCUCUUCAAAGGCUUCGUCAACUCGGUGGCCGCAGUGCGCCAGGACCCCGACGGCACCAAGUUCGUGGUGCUCAAGAGAAGGUACCGGGACCUGCUGGGGGAGGAGGGCCUGCAGCGCCCCGCCACCGUCGUCCCUGCAGAGGCACCGCAGCGGAGUCGCCGGCGGCGCGACCCGGUGCCGGAGGAGCUGCCAGCAGGUGCUGCAGCCCGGCCGGAGGACGCAGGUGGCAAUGGAGAAGUGGCCGGGACACACCGCGGGGCCAGGGACAGCCCAGGAGGGAGGACUCCGGGGACCGCGGUGGCCGCUCAGGCGCCAGCAAGGUGCGCGGCGAUGGAGACGCGGGGCCACUGCUGCUGGGAAUGCCAGCAGAAUGGCUGGGGACAGCCGCUGCCCCGAGCUCCAGCCGACCCUGCGGCCGCCGGGGAGGAGCCGGAGCGCGCUCGGCCUACGCGGGAUGACCUCGGGACUCCCCGGAGGCCGCGGGAAGGCGCGCCGGCCGAGCGCGCGCGGGUACCUGCAACGCCAGUCUUGCCUCCCGCCAACGUCGAGGCUGCUGGGAGCCUGACGUCCCCGCCCGUUCCCCGGCCCCGCCCCGCUCCCUCCGGAGAGCAGCCGGAGCUGUUUACCGCCGGCUCCCUGAACCAUUCAACCCAGCACCUGCAGCAGCAACGCACUCGAGAGUGGGUGGCUAGAUGCCCGCAGAUGUCCGAGGCCCGGGACCGGGGGCCCACUCGGGUCUGGUCAGUGCUGCCAGAAAACUUCCUCCAGUUAACCUCGGAAACCCGCCUCCGGGCCUCAGAGACUAACUCAGCUCUGCCUGAGCCCCCUCUUUCCUCUCAUUCCCUCUUGCCCGCGGUUCCUGAUGAGUCCUCGGAGCCCUGGCCCAGGAACCCUCCACCCACUAUCUUUCGUAGCAUUCGUAGUCAGCUGUCCCUCCAGGAUCUGGAUGACUUUGUGGACCAAGAAAGCCACGGCAGCGAGGAGAGCAGCAGUGGGCCCAAAGAGUCCCCGGGGGGUUCUGAAGAGGGGCUGCAGGUUAUCUUGAGAGGCCCGGGGAGGGGAGAGUUCAGGAGUCCAGCCCCGGGCCUGUCUGCGUUUCCAAAAGACCGCGGCUCCAGCCGCAACCCUCAGGGCCUCAAGAACAGAGAGGAUGGACCCAGUUCUGGGCAGGUCCCAACAGGGGCUAAAGGGCUUGGAGACCUCCCCCAGGAGCCUUCGCCCUGGCCAGCCCCCAAGUUGCGGAGGUCGGUCCGGAGGAACUCUCGGGCAAGGAGAGUCAAGUCGUCCUCCUCUGACGAGGAGCAUCUCAGUGAAGACUUGCUGAAAAGGAGCCGGCGCCCACCUAGGUCCAGGAAACCUUCCAGGGCGGGAGCCCUGCCCAGCCCAAGGGUGGAUGAGGCUUUGACACAGAAACUGGCAGACGUCAGGGCUGUUGUGGCCAGGCGAGGUCAGCCACACAGCUUGUGGGUCCCCAGCAGGGAUGAGUCUACAAUCGUGGUACCCCAUAGAUCUGAGCACAGGUCUCCCCUGGUCCCCCUAGAUGCCAGGGAGCAUGAGUGGAUUGUGAGGCUUGCCAGUGGCUCCUGGACUGCCGUACUGACUUUGUUUUGGGAGGACCCUCAGCUGGCUUUGCACAGAGACUUCCUGACAGGGUACACAGCUUUGCACUGGAUAGCCAAGCAUGGCGAUCUGGGGGCCCUUCAGAACUUGGUCUCUGGAGCCCAGAAGGCAGGGAUUGCCCUUGAUGUAAAUGUGAGAUCCAGUUGUGGCUAUACCCCGCUGCACCUCGCAGCUAUUCAUGGCCAUCAGAGAGUCAUCAAAUUGCUAGUGCAAAGGUUGGCCUCUCGGGUGACUGUACGGGACUGCAGUGGGAAGAGACCAUGGCAAUAUCUGAGCAGUAAUACCUCUGGGGAGAUAUGGCAGCUCUUGGGAGCACCUCGGGGCAAGCCCAUUUUCCCUGUAUAUCCCCUAGUCCAAAGUUCUUCCCCAACUAGGAAGGUCAAGAGCAAGGAAGUGUCUAGAAAUGUCACCCGGAAGACUUCCUUGGCUGCAUUACUCAAAAAUCAGCACAACAAAUGGAAGUUGGCCAACCAGUAUGAGAAAUUCCAUGCCCCAAGGGAAAGAGAAGAAUAUAGUGACUGAGUGGGCCCCCUCUGCCCCUUAUCUUUGAACUUAGUGAGAGAACCUAGGGGCAAAUAAAAACUUCUAGGAGCUGCAAAGAGAGAGGGUGGGUGAAAUGACUUCUCCACAUUUCAGUGGACCCUGGCAUCUCAGCUUCUUGAAGGCUCCUGUGUUUGGGCUGGGAAACAGACAGGAGGCAGAGCCAGCACUCAAACCCUAGGAAAUUCCUCCUCCUGAGCCAGCCCAGGUCUGGGUAUUGUCAGCCUCUACAUUGUUUCUGAGGCAAUAAUGCCAGGCCUUGGCUAGAGGUGGAACAGAUGUGUCACAAAAAGGGAGGCAAUUCGAGGAACUGACAAAGCCCAAAGUCUCUGGCUGGAAGCUCUCUGGCUUCUGUUCAUCUGGAAAAAUCUUGGCUGAGUGGAAAGCAGCAGGUUUGAAGUCAGAUGGCUUUCCCUCUAUUUCUUUAUGUGCCUUUUGGCAUUCACAUCAGUGAAACCAGAUUAUUACUGGAAAGUGGAGAAUUUAAGAGAUUCCUCAGUCCUGUGCCCCAGUAUUCCCCUGAAUCCGACGGGUAAGUGUGAACUGGUGACUGAUUUCUCUGGGCAGCAGCCACUGCUCAAAGAAGCAGCAGGGUGAGAGUCAGGUAUGACCUUGACUCCACUCCUUAGAGAAAUGACUGCCAUUCAGGACCGCUUUUUUUGGUCUCAACCCAAAGGGAGCUUCCCAGGUGGAAAAAUGGUGUGGUUCAUUCCUCAGUGACUGAAGCCUUUCAGGGAAGCUCUCUGUGUACCAAGCAGGCUUAUCCUUAGUAACUGUUUGGAAAUGUCAAGGUUGGUAUUCAGGAAAAGAGAAACUAGUUGACUCUGGGGAAGCGGGAAGGGUUAACCCAUCAGAACGUUGCUAAGCUGCUAAAUAUAACUUUAUUUGCACUAAACUUCUUGCCAAUUAAGAUUAAAUAUUAGCCUGAAAGUACUGUAUGUCUAACAGGAAGUGCUCCUUUCAGAUGCUUAGGAAGACUAAUCAGUCAGGGACCUUGGAAUGAGACAGUGACUACUCGUAAACUCUGGCAGAAUACGAGAUUCACUGACUGUAAAUUCAAAGGGCUGAGAAGUUAAAUGUUUAAGAAGAAAUUAAUUUUUAUGGAAAUAUUUUCAUGUAUAGUGGCAAUGAUGCAUUUUUAAAGUAUUUUGUGUUUCUUGUUAUUUCCCUGCAUUAAAAGACCAGUGGAUCUUUAUAAUUUA